GAGCGUGAGGCGCAGGGGGCUGUCGGGAACAGGUUCUGGACAUCACCAACCACGUCUCUUAGGCAACAGGCAACUACAGCGUUGGAAGGAAAGUGCAGGAGACUCGGAGCCAGACUGGCAGCAACCUCCCCAGCUUAUGCUUGCAGCCUCUGAACCAGCCAAUCCUACCCUAAGAAGAGCUCAUCUUUCCAAUGUGGAAAAGGAAAAGAGACGACAAUGAGGAGGACAACCAAGAUGACCCUCAUUCAAAGAGGAAUAAGAAGGACCAGGCCUUCCAGGACCCUCACGCUAUAGAGUCGUCAAGCAGUGAUAAUGAAAGAAACCACAGCAGCAUCAAUAACCCAGUACGAGGAAGUGUACCAGAAAGCAGCUUAAACCAGAACAUUGCUGAACUAUACUCCAAUAUCCCCGAGUUCUCACACGAGGACUAUGCACUGUGCCAAGGCCAAGGUCCUUACUCCCACAUUAACCAGAUCUUGAAGGAGGCCCAUUUCUACAGCCUUCAGCAGAGAGGACAAUCACCGACGUGAUGACCUGGGUGCUCCUCCUCCCUUGUUUAUAAAAAGCAAUGACAUUCCCACAAAGCAGUCUUGGCUUUUGUCUGUAUUUUCAGUAAGAGUCAAUGGGCAUUUGUACUCUUUUGCUGUUUUGCUCCACCACUGAGAUUUCAGAGGGUCAUUCGUGACAGUUUGAUAUGUUUUCUGUCAAGUCUGGUGUCCAAUUCAUGUUUAAAUAGCAGCAUGAGGAUUUCUCCUGAUACUGAAUGGCUUGUUUGUCCCAUUCAAGUUGGGUUCCAAGUGACUCAUUUAGGGUCUCCAGGUUAAAUGUCCUUGUACAAUGUGACCCCUCCUUCUGAGAAGCUAAGGCCCAUAAAAGAAUGUGUACUUUCCCUUAAAACAUGAAAGAACAAGCAACAUUAGCAAAUAAGCCAACACCAAA